UUAAGCCUGAAAAAGGCCGGAAAAGCAACGGCGCCAAAAAAUCAAAGGUCGAUUACUCAAUUCUUUUCCCAAAAGCAGCAAAAAUCUAUUACAUGUGGUUUAUCUCAAUUGGAAAAUCAUGGAGAGAAAUCGGCGAAACGGAAAGAAUUGUCCCCAGUACAGUCACAAAAUAUUGAUAGAACUGACGAACCAUGUUCCACUAAUAGUACCAAUACCUUGUAUACUGAUAGAAAUGGUUUAUACACACCAAAAAAACUCAAACUUGGUCACAAUUUCAAAAAAUUGUCACCAUUGAAAAUUACAGUUCAGAAAGAAAAUAGUUAUAACACCAGUGGAUCACCUACAAAAUAUAGCAACUUAAAGGGAGGUGGUAUAAAAACAAAAGAAAGUGAUGGUAUUUCUGAAAAUAAAAGUAAUUGGUCUCCUCCACUAACACAAAUGAGUAUGGAUGAUGUAUUAGAGAUGGAUAAAUUCACUAGUAAAUUUGACAAUAAUGAUAAAUUAAUUAAUGUUAAUGGAAGUCUUGUAAAUACGAGAAUGAAAACACCUAGAAAAGUUUUACAAUUUCAUGAUCAUUUUCAAAAUGGUUUUAUUGAAAUGAACAAGAGUGUGACUACCCAGAAAAAUCCUGAUAAAGACCAUCUCACAAUACCAAUAUCUAAGACUCCAGAGAAGCAGUAUUUGAAUCAUGAUGAGCUCUCACCCUCAAAGAGUGGGUCCACUGUCAAGUCCCUAGAUGUCACAGAGGUGCAGAGUCCCUCUUUGAGUCAGCAGUUUGGAGAUGACUGGGAAUUGGAGGAUGUUGCUGAGGGACCACAAGAUCUAGAUCUGUCUGUUAUACAGCGCUGUGAAAUAACAUCUGUCGUGAGACAAGCUACCAGACUGGAACUGAAACUCCAAAACACUAAUAACAAUAAGGCUACUUGCUUUGUAGAAGGCAUAUGGCUAGAUACACCCCUCGCCACUGGUGAGACAGUCAGCAUUCUGGCAAAACGAGACUCAUUAGGUCAAUUCUGCGUGAACAACACCUCCGGUCUGAUAACUUUACGACCAGACUACCUGGUGUCGUCCACCAGUGUCGUCGGCGGCGUGUUUUGUAAAAGAAAGGCUAUAUUGCAGGAAAGAUGGAGGGGUCUUGAUUCAGCUAAUACUGCUAUGACAAUGGGUAUAUUAAUACACAACUUAGUACAAAGAGCUCUCACGCAAAAUAUUCUUGAAAUCACCCCGCUUCGAAAAGAAGCUGACAAAAUAUUAAAAGAGUCCAUACAGAUGUUAUAUGACGCUGGUUUGUCUGAGGAUGAGGCGAGAGUGAAUAUGCUUUCGUAUAUUGCACCGUUGGCGGACUUUAUGCAGUAUUAUGUUGCUAAACCUCCUGUAGGGAAGUUGUCACAAAAAAAUCAAUGGAUGGGUCAUAUAGACAAAGUACUGGAUAUAGAAGAGAACUUGUGCUGCCCUCAAUUAGGUUUGAAGGGAAAGAUUGACGCUACACUACAAGUUACGGUACAUGACAGACAAGGUCGCCAACGCUCCAUAAUACCCCUAGAGCUAAAAAGCGGUAAAGCAUCAGUAUCGGCAGAACAUAGAGGACAGCUAGUUCUGUAUGGUAUGAUGCUGAGUUUGCAACGUGGGGAAGACCCGACCACGGCCCUACAGAGAGGGUUGUUGCUCUAUCUCAAGGACCGAAUUGAUCUUCGAGAAGUGAGUUGCGGGUAUCCCGAAAGACGCGAUCUCGUAAUGUUACGAAAUCAACUCGUACAGUACCUCGCUGUUGGACCAGAAGAUGUUACCCCUGAGCAGCUAACCGACAUAGAGGAUGCGUCAUGUUUACUACAACAGAAGCUACCCGAGCCUGUCCAUCAUGAGAACGCUUGUUCAAAGUGUCCCUAUCUCACCAUCUGCUCAUUGCAUCUCUGGCAUACCAAUGGACCAACCGUAUCAGAAUCACAUCCUCUCUCAAAACUACAAGGGCAAGCGUUAGGCCACUUAUCUCCAGAACAUAUUAAGUACUUCCUACACUGGACUGCGUUGUUGAAGAUGGAGGAAAGAGCACAGAAGAUAGCCAGUCCGUUACAAGCUUUAUGGACUGACAGUGUGGAAAAACGAUCAAAACGUGGUACUUGCGCUGCGAAUCUGAAGCUGAAAUCGGUAGAGCAAUCCGGUGACAGAUAUUUACAUAAAUUUGAACGAUCUUUGAAGGAAAUAGAUACGUUACAAGACAACACAGUUAAUAAAGGUCCUCAAGAAAGCGAAUUCUCAAUAGUGAGUUUGAAUAAUCGACCUUGGAUCGCUGCUGGCGUAGUUACAGAAUCCAACGAAAAGUGUAUAGCUAUUAUUUUAGAAAGAGAUCUCUGUCGUCGUUCAAACAAAGAUACCUUAUUUCAUAUCGACACAUACGAAUCGUACGCCACCACCACACAAAAUCUCACUAAUUUAGGCGUUCUUUUAGAAGACAGUGACCGAGCUGAUCGUUUAAGAAAGUAAAAUUGUGCACAGAGCACUGCUUCCGCAUAUCCUCUAUUAGUCGAGCCUGGUGGAGACAUUUAG